UUGACAACUCUGGAAACACAUCGAUUAACGUAGCUGAAAAUUGUUUUAUGUUUAAUUAAAUACAGGCGAAUAGCCCGAGAUCUAUUUGGUGUUAUGAGCGUACAGAAGUCACCACCGUUUCCCACUUAAAACUUUGUUAGCUGUUGAGUUCGUGCAGCAGUUGCCCAAUCCUUGCAGAGGAAACAAAUUUACUUGUGCUUUGGUGUUGUUAGACACACACUCACUUUUCAUCGGUGGAAAAUCAAAUUUGGGACCAGGCGCAGAAGAUUCGUCAGGAUGACGACCAAGCACAUCUAUUCCACGACCAAUUUAUCAGAUCAGCAAUUAAAGGAGCAGGGAAACUGCCUGUUUGCAGCCCGAAAAUAUGACGACGCAAUAAAUUGCUACUCAAAGGCCAUCAUAAAGAACCCCACAAACGCCACAUACUUCACAAACCGAGCCCUUUGCAAUCUGAAACUGAAAAGAUGGGAACUGUGCUGCCAGGAUUGCCGACGCGCCCUCGACAUCGAUGGGAAUCUGUUGAAGGGACACUUCUUCCUGGGCCAAGGACUCAUGGAAAUCGACAACUUUGACGAGGCUAUAAAGCACCUUCAGCGGGCUUAUGAUCUGUCCAAGGAGCAGAAGCAGAACUUUGGGGAUGAUAUUACACUGCAGUUGCGACUAGCUCGCAAAAAGCGCUGGAAUGUUAUGGAGGAGAAGCGAAUACAUCAGGAAAUCGAGCUGCAAAGCUAUUUAAAUGGUUUAAUAAAAGGGGACAUGGAAAGCCGUUUGGCCAAUUUAAAGCUGAAUGGAAGUGUACACGAUGAACAGCUGAAAGACAAGCAACAGGAAAUUGAGCAAGAAUGCGAUGAUCAUAUUAAGGAACUUAACAAUAUAUUUUCUAAGGUUGACGAACGUCGAAAGAAACGUGACGUUCCCGAUUUUCUAUGUGGCAAAAUAAGUUUUGAAAUAUUAACUGACCCUGUGAUAACUCCAUCUGGAAUUACGUAUGAACGAAAAGAUAUAGAAGAGCACUUACAGCGGGUUGGACAUUUCGAUCCUGUGACACGCGUUAAGCUCACUCAGGAUCAACUAAUACCAAAUUUUUCAAUGAAGGAAGUGGUUGACUCUUUUAUUGCCGAGAACGAAUGGUCUUUAGAUUAUUGAGUUAUUUAUUAGUUGGCAUUGUCAUUGUAAUUGAUUAGAUGUUAGAACCCAGUUCCCGUUGUCUAAAAACCAGAUUAGUGAUAAUAAAUGUGGAUCUGCAAUUGAGA